AAGGCCCUAACGCACGUUAACUUAGUGCUGUAGUGACGACAACUGUACACAAGGUGGCACCCUGAAUCCGCCGGAGACAUGAAUGUUCAUCGUGAUCAUAUUGGCCGCGGGGAUGGUGGCCUUCGUUGGGGCGGUCAUCUGCAUCAUUGCCGCGGUCCACACCGGCUCCGCCACAACAGCCCCCCAACAGCCUGUGGCCGAAAACCAGUCGUUGUCUCCCGAUUCAGGGUUGCCGCGGGCUUUUCCAGAGGACCCGAUAGCGCGAGCGGGACCGCUGGGCGCUCUCCAUGGUUCUGAAACGCCGGACGGAGUUGGCGAGGCGCCCACCUUCUUCCACGUCCCAAAUGUUCCAGACGGCGACGGCUCCAGGCAGAUUAGCCGACUUAUAUGCACCCCAGUCCCCGCCGGAGAAUGCAACCCCAGAAGCUUUCAGCAACAAUCGGACGACCCGUCACCGUACGCCGGCGAGGACUGGGGAUACCUCCGCACCACCGCGAAGGAACUCAGACAGACGGUGCUCCAGCAAAAAGACCAGAUUAUCACAGACCAGCGGACCAUUAGGGAGCUGUCAGGCAAGCUUUUGGAGUGUGAGAGCGGGGUAGAGGGGCGCAGCAGCUCGGAGAGGAGCGCUGUGCUUUUGAAAGGCAAAAGGGAAAAUGAGAGCCACCUUAUGUUUCGGGACAGUGCUCGGUCGUCGAGUGAAGCACAGCGGCUCUCCACGCGGGCUGUGGACGAGCUGGAGCAGGUCAUCGUUCAGCUUAAAGAACGCAUAGAAAAACUUGAGUCAGACAGUGGACCGCCGAUGUUCACUCACAACCAGACGGAUGUGGCAGCGGCGGCGGGUUCCCGAGGGACGGGCGGUGGUGGCGGACUCUCCGAGGCCCCAGGGACUCGGGUCGGGGAAGGGCCGGGAACAGAGUCAUGGCCUCGGAUGGAGGACCUGGAGGGGCAGCUGGAGAGGAAACUGGAUCUCCUGAAGAAGGAGAGGAAGGCUUUGCGUCACGAGUCCCAGAGACACAGGGAGGACAUCGACCAGGGGAUCAACUCCCUGCACCACCGCAUCGCUGGACUGGAGGAGGGACUCUCAGAGAACAGCUACCCCGAGGGCUACAAGCUGUCCCUCCCGGUGCGCACCAACUACAUGUACGGCAUGCUGCGCCAGCCCGUCCCGGAGCUGCGUGCCUUCACCGUGUGCCUCUGGCUGAGACCCACGGGGUUGGGCCUGGGCACGCCGUUCUCCUAUGCCGUGGCCGAGCAGCCCAAUGAGCUGGUGCUACUGCAGGGCCUACACACGCCCAUGGAGCUGCUCAUUGACGACAAGGUGGCGCAGUUACCUCUGAACGUGUCCCGGGGUAACUGGCAUCACAUCUGUGUGAGCUGGAGCCAGAGGGGCGGGGCGUGGCAGGCCUUCCAGGGGGGCAGACUGACCGGGGAGGGGCAGGGCCUGGCAACCUGGCACAACAUUAGGCCUGGAGGAGUCCUCGUCCUGGGCCAAGAACAGGACACUCUGGGCGGGCGUUUUGACUCAGCCCAGGCACUGGUGGGGGAGCUGUCCCAGUGGAACCUCUGGGAGCGGGUCCUGACGUCCAAGGAAGUGUCCAGCCUGGCCAACUGCAGCCGGCACGUCCCCAGGCCGCAUGGCACAGUGAUCGCCUGGACCAACCGGAAUGUGGAGGUGUAUGGAGGGGCCUCCAAGGUGCCCGGGGGGCCCUGUACUGCCAGAAGCACACCUGCCGACACUCCGCAGUGAGAUGUCGGAGGUAGUAGAGUCAGGACCCACAAACUGUCUCAGCGUACAACUGUACAUGUUACCUUAUUGUUUUGAUCGAACAGGCAAAGCUGCUCCAUUAACUGCACUCAGCUUAGUGAAGAGUGUUCCUAACAUUAUUAGGAUGUAACCAGCUAGUUUAAUGCAAAACGUAACUACUUGUUCAAAUUAGUUUGUGGAUCAACAAUUAACCAUACUUCAAUUUAAAUGCUAACGUUUCGUUAUUGAAAAGCCUUCAAGAGCAUUGGGAUGUUUUCGAACAUCUAUCUUGAAUUGACUUGAACUUAACAACCCUGUUUCAGAUAGAAAAUGGUAACAUAUAAUAUCCUCUUUGACAUGUACAUGAUCAUCCCAACUAUUCAUGACUUUUAUAUACCAGCAACAUAUAUUCAGUAGAGGGACAGCAACAGAAAAUAAUUAGAAUGUACAGUAUCUCAGCUGUUAACGAAGCAUUGAACAGUAGUUAUGGGUCAUUUGCAAAUGAUCGGCUCUUCUUGAUGAAUCUUGGGAACCAAAUUGCACCGGUGAAAGGAACUGUUUGUUUGGCUCCAGGAUUCCCUUACAUUUUUUAAAACAUUUGAUUGGUCAAGGUAUGUAAGGAAUCAAGACAUUAGAUGUUUGAAAGAAAGGCCCCUCAAUAUUCCAGUGGACCAGGCAAUCUCAGCUGAAUGGAGUGAACAUUCUAUAUUCUAUUAAAUGGUGAAAAGUGAUAUUGCUGAUUUCUUGUAGGCAACACUAUUGUCAACUAAUUGGUGUUCUUGAUCAUUUUACUAUUGCAAAUAACUGCCUUUUAACGUUGUAUCCUACAAAACUCUGUUUAAUCCACACUUUAGCCUGGUCCAGUAGCUUGGUAAUCUGAACUAGUUAGGCUGCUGUGUAGAGUCAAGAGGGUGAAUUUUACUUGAGUAACAAUCAAAUUAACAGUAGUUUUACUUACAGUAAAGAUUUUCUGUAUUCUACCCACCUCUGCGCUAAUGAUGGUAUUGACAUAAGUUUACUAGCUUGAUACGUAUGUUAGCUAGCUAUCUCUACCUCUUCUGGCACAAAUGGAUUAGUUAGCUGGUUUUAUUUAAAAUAAAAUGUUAAUAUUCUGCUUGAUUAUAGGAACUACCAUUGUUGAUAUUGUAUCUGUACUAUAGAUGAUCAUGUUUCUUAACAACAGCAGUAGCUGACAGAAGUCAGUUGUUGUGAAGAAGCUGCUUUGUGAAAACGCAUAGCUAACUGGUUACUAAUUCAGCAACAGUAACUAGCUAGUUAAGUUUUGUUAGAUUAUAUUUCAUGUUUUUUUGUUGCACUUGUUAGCCAGGUCCUUAUUCACUUACGUUUCAUAUUAGGUUUCAAUUGCUGGCUCAACUAAGUUAGCCAACUAGCUAAACUGAUACUCGCUAGAAGGCAAAUGUUGGAAAAUUUAUUUUAUGACUGCCAAACUUCCGAAAUACUGCUAGCUAAUAGGUGCACAAAAGAUCCCAAAUGUAAAGAUUGUAUGACUUUCUCAUCAAAGCACGCUUGCAUUUUUUAAAAUCAUAGAAAACAAGUGUUUGCUUGCUCCUAUAGGGUUGCAACCAGUCAGGGUUGCCAGAUUUCACUGGCAGUAUACCGCAGAAUCACCCGUGGACUCCACAAAAACAACUGCACAAACUAUAUUUUUUUUAUACAACCCUAUCUGUAAAUUGACCUAACCAAGCCGAUUUUUGCCCUACAUGGCAACUCCCCACCCCUCCACCCCUUAUCCCUGAAAAUAAACAUAACGUCUGAUAGCGAACACAGGUCAUUAUGUUGGCCCUGUCACAAGCAAAAACAAACUUUUGCAACACCAAGGCUCAUUGGUAAUGCAGUUUUUGGUGCUCUUAAAAACCACCAGUGACAUACAAAUCAUUUUGCAAUCUUGUAUAGCUAUAGUAUAGCUAUAGCUAAUAUUUAAUAUCUCUAUCGCUCAAGACAAUGAAUACUUCAUUUCUGGAACCACUUGUUGACACCCUAUUGCCAACCUCUGUUGAACCGAUAUGUUCCCAUCUGGAAUGUGUACAGGAAAAUGUAUCUACAAUAUAUUUACAUUUUAUUUUAAUGGCAAUGUUGAACAGAUAAUUCCCAUUCCUCAAGGGGAAACUUAGUCUAGUUUUUGCAUGUUUUAUUUAUAUUUAUUUUAUACAUGCAUUGAUGGUUAGCAGUGUAUUCAUAGCUACAGGACAGAAUGUGGUUAAGCCAUUGGAACUGCUGCUUUAGUUUUAGUUUUUGAACUAGGUAACAUUAUGCUUUUUAAGUGGGACCUAAAACGAGACAUCUAAGUUCCUUAAUCGUUUGUUUUACAAAAGGGGUUUACUCAUUUAGAAAAUACAUUUGGGUCUUUUAGCAGACGCUCUCACCCAGUUCGACUUACUUAAGGUUAAGUGCCUUCUCCUAAGGGCGCACAAACUGAUAUUUUUUUGGUCCAUCUUGUCGGCUCUGGGAUUCGAUCCUACGAUGUCAUUGUUACCAGUCCAAGGCUCCAUUCACUAGGCUAUCUGCCAGUGUGCAUUUAUACAACUUUAUACAACAUUUUAUAUGCAAAUACUCAGUACACAGAGUCUAUGUUUCAUUCAUUUUUCAAGACGUUAGAUGCAGAUCUGGGUUUUUUCCUUUUUUGGGCCCCAGACUUCAGAAAUUUAAGCUGCUGUGUAUACACAGAUCAUGUUCAGUGCAUGUCUUUAUUCUUUAUAAGUCUGUCUAUCAGUAUCCAACCACUUGUAAUCUCCUUAUACUCUCUUUAGACACAGUCCUUACAACCCUAAACCACCCUACACAUACUAGUAAUAUACUGGUCAAAUUCAAAAAGGGAAGACAAUGAGUAAACUAAUUAAAGGCGGGUUAUUAUUUAAAGGUAGGAUUGUUCAUAUUGCCCCUUUAAUUUUUAUUUCUAAUAUUUGACUAAAUAGAAUGUCUGUUUGUUUACAACAGUCUACGUUUACAUUCUUAAUAGACACAAAUGUUUGUUGUACAACAUGUCAAUCUUGCCUUUCAUAAAAAAUGUCAGUCUUCUCAAUCGUACGACAUUUUGAAGUGCGCAGAGUCCUUAGUGAUAGUUGAAAAGAAGCAGGGGAAAGCAACAUGUGAAACACAUGAAAAGUACAGAACCCUCCAAGUGCACUGAAGCUUCGUGAUCUUUAGUCUGCACAAAGAUCUGAGCUGGAUCUGCCAGAUUUUUUUAAACAUCAAUUCAACAGCUUUUCAUGUUCUUUUUGACAUUUGUAAAAAAUAACAAAAAAAACAAGUAUGUUUAGUAAUUAUAUCUUAAUCAUUCUCAAUGACUGAUUAGACAAACAUAAUAACUAAUCUCUUUACCACUAAUUGAAGUUGAAUGUGAGAGGCUUUGACUUGACAUUUGGUAUUUCUCAAAUGUAUUAAAGAACUUUGUUACACAAUAUAGUAUAGCAAAUGGUUGACACUUUCUACACCACCAGCUUAUUAGAUAUUAGGAGUCUGUAUUGUCAUCCUACAGUAUAUAGAUUGUGUAUUAUCUAAUGCUUUAACAUGUUUUAACAAAUGGGCUGAAAUGCAUGCUAUUAAACUGCUGUGUUCAUUUUCCUGUUUAUAUUUCUGCACAUCCUUAUGUAGUUGUAUUGUGCUGAAGGAAGGCCCCCAUAAUCCUCCACAUCUUACCCUGCUGAUGUGACUCAGUGGUGUGUGCCUGUCUGGGCUCCUGCACACUUAUGAAAAGUGAUACCCAUUCCCUUAAGGAUGCGUCCCGGGAUUGUCACUGUCUCUUGUUGUAAAUGGGGCUGUUGGAAAAACUAUAGUCACUAAUAGGGUUGUGUCAUGCUGUGUGUGUGUGUGUGUGUGUGUCUCUGUGUGUGUGUCUGUGUGUCAAAAUGUGCCCCACAUCGUCAAAACCAUCUGCUUUAAAACUUGGAAUUUUGUGGCUAACCGAGUUGUUGUACGUUAUAAUGUUGUACGUUAUAACAGUGUGUGGUCGAUUUUAAUGUUAUUGUAUUCGUUAUGACUGUGUGUGGUUGAUUUGAUUGUUAUUAUAUACAUUAUGACUGUGUAUGGUUGAUAUGAAUGUUAUUGUAUAGCCUACGUUAUGACCGUGUUUGCAAUUUAUGUACAAAUAGUUAACAGUAGAUGCAGCCAAUCAACUGUUUUGCCGAUCAGUCAAUAGCGUUUUUAGUGUCUUUCAGUUCUUGGAUAAUUAUUUUUUCACUUUUGAGGAGAGGGAGCUAUGUACCAAAUCAUAUGACUUGGCCUUGGAAAGUUAGCAUUUGUAAUAAAUUGUUAGGGGCGCCAUCUGGCCAUCGAUACUUUUCUAAAUGACAGGUCUCCUGACAAGCACAUUGCUCACCCACAUUUUCUCAAAACUGCAUGUGACACUCAAUGUAAGCAAGGAGGCGGAGCCUCAGUCCCAUCCUCAAAACUGCAUGUGACACUCAAUGUAAGCAAGGAGGCAGAGCCUCAGUCCCAUCCUCAAAACUGCAUGUGACACUCAAUGUAAGCAAGGAGGCGGAGCCUCAGUCCCAUCCUCAAAACUGCAUGUGACACUCAAUGUAAGCAAGGAGGCGGAGCCUCAGUCCCAUCCUCUAUAUAAAUAAAAUUAUUUUGUAAUUGAAAUGUUUUGUGUGUUUGGAAAAUUAAGAUGAUUUACCUGUAUUUUCUUAAAUUUUUUCCCUUUUUUGUGUUGUCCUAAAAUGUGUUGGCAAAAUGUCUUCUUUCCUGUCUGCUUAGGAAUGUUCUCUGUCAUUGUCUUCAGUGGUUUGAAAAUAGCCAUGAGUAAAUUCUAUUUAAAAAAUA